AUGCGCUCUCUCGGAGGGCGGGUCUUGGUCCUGCUAUUCAGAUUGAAUCGGCCCAGUUUGUAUUAGUUGGACGAGCAGAAGAACGAGACGGAGAAACGUGUAAGAGCCCUAACUGCGGAUAAAAGCGUUUCUCUGCUCCAUCAUGGCAGCUGCGGAGUAAUUUAGAGGAUCCGGCCCGUCGCGCGGAAUCGUGACCGACGCCCGAAUCCACCGCAUUUCUGAGGAUGUUCCAGCUGGUAACUGCGCGAGGAUGCUUCCGCUGAACGUGCUCAAACUGGGCGUCUGUUACAAUGCUGAAGGCUUCUUGGUUUUUGUUUUGAACGCGGGCCAAACACAGAAUCACUGCAAAGCCUGAUAUGGACAACUUUAACGCUCCUCUCUUCUGCCAUUUCUAUGACGAACAUUGCGCAGUGCAGUGAAAAAGCUAUAUCGUUUAGUGGCUGUCGAACUGGUGCCGAAUACAUUACCUAAUUCAUCUGGGUGUUAAUUCCCGGUGCAGCCCAUAAACACACUACCGAGCGUGUUGGUGCACAGUCAAUGUAAGGAGCUUCGUCCAGCGGUGAGAGCCACUCUCCGAGGGUACAGAUGCGAGGCAAACAAUAUCAUCAACCACUGAAGUUGACAGCGCCUUGGGAGAAGGAUGCAGGCUUUGGAAGGAAGCUUAAAACAUACAGGAAUCAUACCAAGAUAAUAGCACAGCCUGGGAUCGUGAUGAAAGUGCUACGCAGGAAGAGGAUUGUGUUAUUUAUGGCCUAUUUGUUACUGCUCGUGCUCACUAUGCUUAACUUGGCUAAUUAUAAAUGGACUAAGGAGCCGCAGCAGUGUAAUCAUCAGAUGAGGAGCACCACUUAUCAGAGCAGAUCUGACAUUCGCUUCCUGUACAGACCCUCGCUGGCUAAGAAGAGGCAGCUUAUCUAUGUGCUGACCACCUGGAGGUCAGGCUCUUCCUUUUUUGGGGAGCUGUUUAAUCAAAAUGCAGAUGUGUUCUUCUUGUAUGAGCCAAUGUGGCACAUCUGGCAGAAACUGUACCCCGGUGAUGCCGUGUCAUUGCAAGGGGCGGCCAGGGACAUGCUUAGCUCCUUAUACCGCUGUGAUCUGUCUGUUUUCCAACUUUACAACAGCCCGGGAGGUAAGAAUUUCACCUCCCUCGGACUGUUUGGGGCCACCCUCAAUAAAGUGGUGUGCUCAUAUCCCCUCUGCUCAGCCUAUAGGAAGGAGGUGGUGGGGAUGGUGGAUGAUAAGGUGUGUAAAAAGUGUCCCCCUCAAAGCCUUAGACUGUUGGAGGAAGAGUGCCUGAAAUAUAGCACCAUAGUCAUUAAAGGGGUCCGCAUAUUGGAUGUAAAUGUGCUGGCCCCGCUCAUGGAGGAUCCGUCCUUGGAUUUGAAGGUGAUACACUUGGUUAGAGACCCACGGGCAGUAGCCAACUCCAGGAUCAAAUCCAGACACGGCCUGAUACGGGAGAAUUUACAGGUGGUCCGCAGCAGAGACCCCAAACUUCGGCGGAUACCUUUCGUGGACCCGGGGCACAAAGCUAACAAGAAGGAUGGCUCAGACUACCACUCCAUUGGAGCCAUGGAGGUGAUCUGCGACCGUACCUCCAGGACUUUGAGGACUGCCUUAAAUCCACCCAGCUGGCUGAAGGGGAAGUACAUGGCCGUACGUUACGAAGACCUGGUCGAAAACCCAGUUAAGACCCUGAGGAGCGUCUACCGCUUUGCCAACCUCACUACCAACCAUGACAUUGAGAUGUUUGCUUUGAACAUGACCAGUGGCUCCAGUUCCUCAUCUAAGCCAUUUAUAGUCUCCUCCAGGAAUGCCACACAAGCUGCAAGUGCAUGGAGAACAGUGCUCAGCAUCCAACAGAUCAAACAAGUGGAAGACUACUGCCACCACUCCAUGUCAGUUCUAGGUUACGAGAGAGUGAGAACAGCCGGGGAGGCCAAGGACUUGAGCAAAUCACUACUGACACACUCCAGACUGUGAAAACAUCCUCACCACCAAAGACCAUUUAAUUUAAUGUUAAUUUUGCAUAGAGUGCCAUUUCCUUAUUUUGUGGAAAUAAAGCUUUACUUUAAGUCCAUGUUCCUGGAUCUACAUCGGCCGCAUUUGGAAUGUACCGUCAGUCAAGCAGUUGCAGCUCCGUUGAAAAGGACCACUUCUUUUUUACCGGAACACCAGACGGGACCUUAGACCUCGACACUGCAACGUCUAAGAACAAUUGACUCAAAGCUGCAACUUUCAGAGAAAAAAAAAAGGAAAAAGAAGCUACUGUAUAAUUCAUGUAUCUUGUUAUGAUGACACUUCAAAGUGGAUGUUUUGGGGAUAUUUUUUGAAUGUUCAAAAGAAAAAAAAUCUGUUUUCCAGUCUUCAUACUGUCUGUAAAAGUGAAACUAGUUAAAGGAAGGGUUAAAAAAAUCCAACUGAUUAAAAAAGAAGAAAAAAAGAAGUUGACUGCUAAUGUUAAUAUUUGAGACGUGUCAGAGACAAUCACUGGAUUGGAUUCUUGUGCCAUAGGUAGAGGUGUGAUCAGAACAGCAGUAGUGCUAUGGCUAGAUUUUACAAAAAGGGGGGUGUUUUGAUUUGGGUUUUUCUUACAUUUUAUUAUUAUUAUUAUUAUUUUUUUUUGUCGUCACAUCCUGACAGGAUGAUAUCAUACACUGUGGACAAUGUCAUAGCUCCAGAUUUGGAAAAGUCUCUCUGUUGGUGUCAGCAGUCUGCUUGUUCUACCAUUUCCAAUGUUUACAAUUGCUUGCUCUUAUAAAAAAAAACACAUCUGGGAAUAUUGCAUUGAGUAAAGUUCAUAGUUAACAAUA